AUGGCUGUAAAAAGUGAGUUGGGAUCAUCUUGGUUGAAGGCGGUCCCAAAUUCCGCCUGUGGUACCAAGCUGGACGACUCUUGUGUUCGUGUCAGUUUGGGACUGAGACUCGGUUUAAGAGCCUUAAGAGCCGAAGACUUUAAAAAUUCAAAAUAUGCGGCUCUUGCAGAAAGCAAAAUUUUUCAGCCAGUCUGCAUUGAGACCUUUGGUCCAACUGAUGCUCAGACUCAGAGUUUUCUGAAUGAACUCUGUAGCAGGGUUGUAGAAGUAUCGGGUGACCCAUUAGAUAAGAGUUAUGUAAAGCAAUCCUUUUCUAUUUUACUUCAAAAAUAUAAUUCUUUCUGUAUUUUGGAUGGAGCGUUAAAAUACCUGUUUGUGCGAAGCGUUUAA